AUGAAUAUUUUCCGUUUACUUGCGGACUUGUCCCAUCUGUUAGCUAUAAUCAUAUUAUUACUAAAAAUAUGGAAAACGAGAUCAUGUGCAGGCAUAUCGGGAAAAUCGCAAAUACUAUUUUCCAUAGUCUACACUGCCCGAUACUUGGAUUUACUUACGACAUACGUGUCGGCAUACAAUACUGUAAUGAAAAUAGUUUUCAUCGCGGCAUCAUACGCCACAGUUUAUCUCAUGUAUGUUAAAUUCAAAGCCACGUACGAUCACAACCACGAUACAUUCAGGAUUGAAUUCUUGCUGAUUCCCUCUUUGAUCCUCGCUUUACUGAUUAACCGCGAGUUUACCGUGAUGGAGGUUUUGUGGACAUUUUCGAUUUAUUUGGAGGCUGUUGCAAUUUUGCCGCAAUUGUUUUUGGUAUCAAAAACCGGUGAGGCUGAGAGUAUUACCUCUCACUACUUGUUUGCUUUGGGUUCCUACAGAGGUCUUUAUCUUUUGAACUGGAUAUACCGUUACAUCUUUGAGGACCAUUACGAGCUGAUUGCUAUAGUAGCCGGUGUCAUACAGACGGUUUUGUAUUGUGAUUUCUUCUAUCUCUACAUAACUAAAGUAUUUCUUGGAAGUUAUACUGAUUACUAUAAAUAUUGA